UUAAAAAGUUCAUUUCGUUGGAAAACAUUCAAACUUCGAAUUCUGGAUCUCACUUUAUCAAUUCAGUCCAAUUUGAAGAAGAAAAGAAAACUCUAACAUUCGAAAAAAAAUGUGUACGCCUGAAAUUAUCGAUGAAAAUCAGAAGAAAGAAGAAGAAAAUCCAAACCCAGAUUUGUAUGACUGGGGUUUGAAAGAUUUCGAUAUUGGCAAACCUCUUGGUAAAGGAAAAUUUGGGAGAGUUUAUAUGGCCAGAGAAAAAAAGCAUCAGUGUGUUUGUGCGUUGAAAGUAUUAUAUAGAUGUCAAGUAGAGAAAUACAAUCUACUCCCUCAACUCAAAAGAGAAAUGGAAAUUCAGAGUACAUUAGAUCAUCCAAACAUUCUUAGUCUCUAUGGUUGGUUUGGUGAUGAUGAAAGGAUUUUCUUGAUUCUUGAAUACGCUGCUAAAGGUGAACUUUAUGGUUUACUUAGUAAAACUGGUCAUCUGACUGAGAGACAAGCUGCUACUUACAUUGCAAGUCUUGCGAAAGCACUAGCUUACUGCCACGAGAAGAAUAUCAUUCAUAGAGAUAUUAAGCCGGAGAAUUUAUUGCUUGAUCAUGAGGGACGUCUGAAAGUUGCUGACUUUGGAUGGUCUGUACAGUCAAAUAAGAAGAGACAUACAAUGUGUGGGACACUAGAUUACUUAGCACCAGAAAUGGUUGAGAACAAAGGUCAUGACUAUUCAGUUGAUACCUGGACUAUGGGUAUUCUCUGUUACGAAUUCCUUUUUGGGGUUCCGCCAUUUGAAGCCGAGACGCAGAACGAAACAUUCAGAAGGAUAAUGAAGCUUGAAUACGGCUUCCCUCCAACCCCUCAUGUGUCAGUGGAAGCUAAAAAUCUCGUGCGCUUGCUUUUGGUGAAGGAUCCCUCGAAGAGACUUCCGCUGUCAAAGAUUUUAGUACAUCCCUGGAUAAUUAAGAAUGCAGACCCAUCUGGUGCUUGCAGUGAAUAGAAAGAUCUAAAGUAAAUUAUUAACAUAUACUCGCCAGUGGCUCAUACAUAUUUUUGUACACCAAAAUUAUGUAAUUGUAUUUGCUGGCAUCCCUUCCGGAGACUAGUUUGCAGCCUUUGAAAUUGUAUCUGGUGUAAUUAGGAGUUGGUCCUAAAAUAUAUUUUUACCAACACCUACAACUACUUUGUGACGAUUAUCCGAACGUAAUGCUGGCAUAAGCAAUUUUUAAUCGGGGGGUAAUAUUUCAACACAAUUGCCAUGUAAA